AUGCUCCGGGAGGCACUCGCCUCGCUGGAACGCCACUGCUUCCUCAACACAUCCACAGGCGAGUGCGUCCAGGUUGACAUCCCGGAGCUCCAUGACCAUAAGUUGCUGGCCGUCACCCCCGAGGGCCUCCUUCUCCUGGUCCACCAACGCAACCACGUCCGCCUCCUCAACCCGCUCACCCGAAAACCCACAGAGCUGCCGCCGCUCACCACACUGCUGCCCUCCAAGUUCAAGGACAUGGGCAUACUUGAUGAGAGUAAUGAACUUCUCGACACCGAAUUCAUUGCGUGGGGCUCUGGUGUUGCCAGUGAUGGUUCCACAUUUGUGCUCUGCUUCAACAUGCUCGACCUGCUUGCCACGGCCAAGCCCGGCGAUGACCACUGGACGUCGGUAAAGAACAACGGUGAUGGGGCACUGGCAGCGUUAACGUUUGAGGGACGCUUCUACUGCGUUGACAACAAUGGCGUCAUGGUACUGAAAACUAGAGUAGAUCAGCCACCACGCCUGCAGGUGGCUGCCAAGAUGGAUAGCAUUUAUGCCAAGAUGGAAAACAUGGAUGACUCCCAAUUUGAGGAUAGUUUCCACCUUGUCGACAAUUGUGGGGAGCUGAUGCUGGUGCACCGUUGGGGUGGAGUGACAGCUGAGAAUAAUUCGUAUUGUUUGUAUGACCCGUAUCGAGUGGAUUUGGACAACGGCACACUAUUUCCGGUCAAGAGCUUGGGCGGUAGUACAGGGCGCGCGAUGUUCAUUGGCAUGCAUAGCUCUCUCUCGGUGUCUCUGGAUGUUUUCCCCUCUGGAUCCAUAAUCGCCGACACAAUCUACUUGAGCUUUGAUGAUGAUGGGACAAUCGUCCGUCUCAGGGCUAUUGAAUUUGCUUCUCAAGUGGGCUUCAGACGGAUCAUCAUCGAAACAGAUGCAUCUCUUCUCACCAAUGCACUUGGCAUGGUGUACCACUAG